CUUUCCAGUGGGAGUUGCUGAGAAUGAAAAACAAAUCCCAGCACUAAUCCAAUUGAAAUAGGAUUACCCUACCUGGGGUCUGAUUCACAUUACUAACCGAGAAGGAGGAAAAUAGCCUACUGGAAGCCUUCCAAGUUGGAGUCACCUAAGAUUUAUAGUUGUGCUCCAUUUAUAGGGUAAGCACUGUAGCUACCAGCAAACUUGUAGCUCUAAUUAACACGCCUAAUCGCGAACUGCCAAGGAGUCUGAAUUGAAUACACAUAAAUCUGCCUUUGUCUAAAUGAAACGAAGCAAAGUUUUUUUUUCUUCCCGCAAAUGAAUCAAGUUUGACAAAAGCUGGAGCUGGCUUCUUAUUCGUCAGCUUCUCAUUCGAAUGUCCCGUUCCACCUUAAAUAUUGCAGCAGUCACUGAACGAAACCGCUGCACCAUCUAAAGUCGAUCGGAAAAUUCGAGUAAGAACCUGGCAAACAAGCCAUUUUCAGCUUCGUGUUAGCUUGAAGCGUGGAAAAGGCUGCGCUCGUAAAACGUUUUGUAGUGUGUCUCGCACUGGAGAAGCAGUGACCGCAGGCAGGGGUGGACCAUCGCCUCAUGGACAGAAGCUCUUGGCUGGAGGAGCAGGAAGAGGAGCUGUUCAGCCACCGGAGAAACGGCAACUCGCGGAGGGGAAGUUCAGGAGUGGGGAGGCUGUGGACGGAGCUAGUAAGAGCAGCUGCAGGAGAUGGAGGGACAGCUGAAGCCUCGAUACUGGAGGCAAUUCAGAGUAUAAAAGAGUCAGAGAAAAACACAGACAAAGAAAAAACCAGACUGGCUGAAGUGGAAAAAAUACUGAAGAAUAUAAUCAGCAUGUCCAGAAAGUAUUCACAGUCCGAAGCAGCUCUCACAUUUUUUCGGACAUCCCCCCUUGACUCUGUCCAGCCCUUCUACCAGAGUCCCGUCACAGAGGAAGAUAUAUGGAGGUCUAAUGGCUUUUGCUUGGCCAAUACUGAAACUAUACUUUAUGAUGCAUAUUUAUCAAAGGAACAAGAAAAAUCUUGUUCUUUUCUUUCUGCAAGCUACAGCUCUCAGGUUUUGACAAUGACACAUACACGGCAUGAGGAUGGGCUCAAGUGUAAUGAAGAACCUGUGACUUUGAACUCCACUGAAACCAGCAUUAAGGAGCCAAAUGUUACUGCCAGUAGACCACAAAAUUAUGUUAACAACAUGCCCUUCCUCAAGGUAGAAGUCUGUGAGACAGACAUACUGGAAUAAAAAGUCAUGCUGGAGCAUAAAAUUCCAUGUUU